GGACCGCUGGGGACACCGGGACCGCUGGGGACACCGGGCACGCUGGGGACACCGGGACCAUUGGGGACACCGGGACCGUUGGGGCUAUGCCAAGCCCUUCUCAGAGCCCGCCGUGACUCUGUCGCUCCCCGGGACACGGGGGCUGCCCACUGCGGACGAACCGGGGGCGGUUCUUCCCGCGGGAUCCGGGGUGCGGGAGCUGUGGGGAAGCCCCGGGGGUGGUGGGACCCGGGCACGGUGAAGUCCCGGGGUGUCCCCGCCGGCAGGAGUGCCUUCCCAUAUUUUGGAGCGAUCCUGAGCCGUGCCAGCGCCAGGAAAAUCAAGCCAUGGAUCCGGGCGCUUCCAGCACCUCCCUGGUGGAUCCGGCCGGAGAUUCCGAGCGGGGCGUCCCCAGGAUCUGCGGGGUCUGCGGGGACAGAGCCACCGGCUUCCACUUCAAUGCCAUGACCUGCGAGGGCUGCAAGGGCUUCUUCAGGAGGAGCAUGAAGAGGAAGGCCAUGUUCACCUGUCCCUUCAACGGGGACUGCCACAUCACCAAGGACAACCGGCGGCACUGCCAGGCGUGCCGGCUGAAGCGCUGCGUGGACAUCGGCAUGAUGAAGGAAUUCAUCCUGACAGACGAGGAGGUGCAGAGGAAGCGGGAGAUGAUCCUGAAGAGGAAGGAGGAGGAAGCACUGAGGGAAAGCCUCAAACCCAAACUCUCAGAGGAGCAGCAGAAAGUCAUCGACAUCCUGCUUGAGGCCCAUCGCAAAACCUACGACCCCACCUACGCUGACUUCACCAAAUUUCGGCCUCCUGUGAGGAGCCACCCCAGCAGCAGGGGGGCCACAAAAUCCUCAUCCCUGCUCACCCAGGACCUGUCCUCGGAGGAUUCCUCAGAUCUCUUCAGCUCUGAGGCCUUCAGCACAUUCCCAGACUCCGUGGAGCCGCCGCCGUUUCCCGGCCUGGUGCUGCCAGAGGAGCAGGAUGAGAGUUCCUCCAUGAACCUGGAGUUCUCACAGCUCUCCAUGCUCCCACACCUGGCUGACCUGGUCAGCUACAGCAUCCAGAAGGUCAUCGGCUUCGCCAAGAUGAUCCCAGGAUUCAGGGAUCUGUCUGCAGAGGACCAGAUCGUGCUGCUCAAGUGCAGCGCCAUCGAGGUGAUCAUGCUGCGCUCCAACCAGUCCUUCACCCUCGAGGACAUGUCCUGGACCUGCGGCAGCAGCGACUUCAAGUACAGGGUCAGCGAUGUCACCCAAGCCGGGCACAGCAUGGACCUGCUGGAGCCGCUGGUGAAAUUCCAGGUGGGGCUGAAGAAGCUGAACCUGCACGAGGAGGAGCACGUGCUGCUCAUGGCCAUCUGCAUCCUGUCCCCAGACCGGCCGGGCGUGCGGGAGCCGCUGCGGGUGGAGGCGCUGCAGGAGCGGCUCUCGGAGGUGCUGCAGAGCUACAUCCGCGCCCGGCACCCGCCCCCGGGCAGCCGCCUGCUCUACGCCAAGAUGAUCCAGAAGCUGGCGGACCUGCGCAGCCUGAACGAGGAGCACUCGCGGCAGUACCGCUGCCUGUCCUUCCAGCCCGAGCACAGCAUGCAGCUCACGCCGCUGGUGCUCGAGGUGUUCGGCAACGAGAUCUCCUGAGGGCCGGCCCGCGCACAAAUCGGCCCUGGGUGCCUCGGGAUGAGGGAGAAGCCAGCCCCGGUUGUGCCGGGAGGAGCAGGGGAGUGAGCCCGAGCGGGGCUCGGGGUUUGGCAUCGCUGCUCGGGUUUUUCCCCGUCCAGGAGCAGCUUCCCUGUGAGCUGGCGCAUCCCUCUGUUGAGGUUUUGGGGCCGGGGCUGCCUCGAAUCCCUUCUUUUUCCAAGUGUUGGGAAGGGGAAGUGCCGGGAGAUGAACUCAGGGUGCCGCUGUGCAGGCCAUGCCCGCUCCCCCCGAAAUCCCACAGCACCCCUGGGCUCGGACACCCCCAGUCCCAGGCAGCAGGGGCCGUGGGCAGUGUCCCCACAGCUCCCACGCAUCCCGUGUGCUGCUGCUGCCAGACUGGGCUGAGCCAGAGGCAGCUGAGAAAGCCCCGAGAGGGGAAAUGUUGUCCUUGACCCUCAAAGGGAAGAGCAGGACGAGCUUUGUUUGUACUCCCUGGGAAUGGAGGAGCAGGGGGAUCUCCAGGAGACACCCCCACUUUGGAGCUGGACCCCUCUGGGGGAUGGAGUGAUGACCCCAGGGAUGGGACAGGGGCCCCAGUUCCAGCUUGGCUUCCUCCCCCUGCCAUGAUAUGGAGGCAGCUCCAGGCCCUUGUUCCCACCCAGAGCAAACCCGUGGAAGGGGGAUUUGGGAGCUGGGGAGAUCCAGACCCCUGGGAAGAGCCAUCACAGACCCCCGGGCCAUGACCGAUGACCGGAGGGUCCCCAGUGUCCGGAGGGUCCCUGGCUCUGGCCAAUAAACUCCUGCUUGGGCAAAUCAA